GUCUGUUGGAUGAACUGGAGCAACUUUUGAAAGGCAUUGCCAUGAUGAAAGAACUGACACCUCGUACAAGGGACUAUCUGGUUUCAUUUGGAGAAUGCAUGUCUACGAGAAUUUUUGCAGCAUAUUUGAACAAAAUUGGCACUAAAGCACGGCAGUAUGAUGCAUUUGAUAUUGGUUUUAUAACCACAGAUGACUUUACAAAUGCCGAUAUCUUGGAGGCAACUUAUCCUGCCAUCGCAAAGAGAUUACAUGGAGAUUGGAUUAAUGAUCCUGCAAUUCCAAUUGUUACUGGCUUUCUUGGAAAGGGAUGGAAAACUUGUGCUGUCACUACAUUAGGCAGGGGUGGUAGUGACUUGACAGCUACUACCAUUGGUAAAGCCUUGGGAUUACGAGAAGUUCAGGUUUGGAAGGAUGUCGAUGGUGUUCUGACAUGUGAUCCUAAUAUAUAUCCAAAUGCAAAGCCUGUACCACAUUUAACAUUUGAAGAGGCUGCUGAACUUGCCUAUUUUGGUGCACAGGUUUUGCACCCCCAAUCAAUGCGACCUGCUAGAGAAAGUGAUAUACCAGUCAGGGUCAAGAAUUCAUACAACCCUCAAGCUCCUGGUACUGUCAUCACUAAAGCAAGAGAUAUGAGUGAGGCUAUACUGACGAGCAUAGUUUUGAAAUCAAAUAUCACAAUGUUGGAUAUAGUGAGCACUCGGAUGCUUGGCCAAUAUGGUUUUCUGGCAAAGGUUUUUUCUAUAUUCGAGGACUUGGGUAUCUCUGUUGAUUGUGUGGCUACAAGUGAAGUCAGUAUUUCUUUGACAUUGGAUCCAUCAAAACUUUGGAGCAGAGAAUUAGUCCAGCAGGAAAGUGAGCUGGAUCAUUUGGUCGAAGAGCUUGAGAAGAUUGCUGUUGUUCAUCUCCUUCAGCACAGAUCAAUAAUUUCCCUCAUUGGAAAUGUGCAACGGUCCUCUUUGAUACUAGAAAAGGCAUUUAACAUACUACGGAAAAACAAAGUCAAUGUCCAGAUGAUCUCUCAAGGGGCAUCUAAGGUGAACAUUUCCUUGGUAGUUCAUGACAGUGAAGCAAAGCAGUGCGUUAGAGCUUUACAUUUGGCAUUCUUCGAGGAUGGUUUCCUGUCGGAAGUCGGGGAGACAGAUCUUUUCCAGAAUGAUUCUGCUGCUCUGUCCUCUUCAUGCUGAUGGCUCAGCUGAUUUCUUUCAAAAAAGAGAAUGUUCCAAAGGAUGUCUUAUUGAAUCGCUUUGCUGCCCUGCGUUCUCCAGUGAUGAAGAGCCACGUCAUGAUGUGUAGGACGAGAAAUAUAUUUAAUGAUUUUCUCAUAAAAAAUAAAGAAAAUAAAAAUUAGAAUAAACAUGGAAAGAUCCAUCUUGAGUGGACUCCGAAUUUGCAGAUGCUGAAAAUAUAGUAUAGAAUGCCCUUGAUCAAGGUUUUUUCCAAUAAGGGCGGUAAUAUGUUAUAAAAAAUCUCCAUGAAAACUAUUAUUAACUUUGUUAUUAACUUUGUAAUGGUUAUAUUAGUUGUUAUUGCAAAA